UGCCUGUUCUCUCGGUUUUCAGGCACUGCAGAGAGAACAGAAGUGAAGGCCAGCUCAGCAGAAGCCAUCAGAACCAAGAGCCUCAGGAGCCCAAAGAACAAAUCAGGGAGCUUCCUGUGCCAGGGCCGUGCCCACCAGGCCUGUGGGCCAAGCUCCUCAGCAAGAUGCUUGCCGCAAACGCAAGCACCAGGCAGUUAAAUGUCACCUGUACCAGUUCAAUGAACAUGGAGCUCUUUCUCCAUUACUCCCUUAUCCCAUCAUUUCUCAUCAUUUUGGUCUUAUCCUUCCUCCAAAGACAAGAGCACCGCAGACAGAAAGAUGAUACCACUCACCUCCUGGAGAGCCGCUUUGGAAUCAUCAUGCCUCUGGACUUCGUGGGGACUUUUAGUAACCGAUGGUCCUAUGGAGUUGCCUUUGGGGCCACAGCCAAUAAGGUCAUGUUCUUGUUCUCAGAAGGCUACCAGACCCUGCAGGUCCCGCAGUGGGCCCAAGCCUUUGUGCUCCUGAUUGGAGGUAUUGAAGUUGGCCUGUCCCACUUCCCCUUCUUUGCCUGCCUCUCCUCAGACUUCCGCCUGGUCAGCGCCAUCCUUGGCUUCAGCUACUCCCUCCUCUGGUUUGCUGUCACUGUUCUUCAAAUCUCACAGUGUCCCCAUGGUCAGUUUUUGGGGAGGUACGAGGCCCUGGUGUUCUACUGGCCAUCACUGCUAUGCCUGGCUUUCCUGCUGGGCCGCUUCCUGCACAUGUUUGUCAAGGCCCUGAGGUUGCUGCUGCACUGGGAGCCCCAGGAGGAAGAGAAGCCUGUGCUUCUGGAAACCCACCAGGCCAAGCACGUCAAGCAGCUGCUGAGGAAGGCCCGGCCCCAAGAAGGGAAAAAGUCUUGGUUUCAAACCAGGGUAUAUGAGUGGGACCCCUGCUUCCAGUUCCCAAGCAGAAUGAUUGGAACCAUUGUGUUGGCUUUCAUCUGCCUGUACCUUUUCAUCAUCAUUGAGUUCUGCGUGUUCGUGUAUGUGAGAGACAAGCUGGAUGUGUUUGAAGGCAACCUGGAGAAUUAUAUCACUUAUACGAACCAGACAGGGAUCCUGACCCCAUACAUCCAGCAGGUGCAAGAGCUGAUCAGCGUCGCCAAAGGAGUCUGGGUGGUGACCAUUUUGCCUGCCUCGCUCACAUGUGUGAGCUAUCUGUUCCACAUUCUGGCCUGUUAUAGAAAACACACGAAGAGACUGUGGGCAGGAGAUAAACACUUCCUCCCUUUGAAGUUCCGUGAUCCUUCUCCAUCUGAGAGUGUGGCAGCCAUUGCAAGGUACUCUGGCUGGCAGAUAGCCUACAUUCUGUGGGGCUACCUCAUCAUCCAUGUGAUGCAGAGCCUGUGUGGCAUGAUGAUCAUGUAUGGCCUGGUGCUCCCCAUUACCCAUGACCGGGGCCUGGAGAUGCUUCGAGGCCUGGGCCUGGGGCUCCUCACCAUAUCCAUUGUUGUGGGCCUCAUGAUCCUGCAGGUGUGGAUUGCCACCAGCUUCUUUCUGCAGCCCAAACUGGGCACAGAUGACAAGCAGAAGCCCUUGGCUCUCAACAACAGAAAAGCCUUCCACAACUUCAACUACUUCCUGUUCUUCUACAAUGUUCUGCUCGGCCUGGGCGCUUGCCUCUCCAGGCUGCUCAUCAGUUGCGUCCUGGGCACAUGGCUGAUUGCGCGCAUUGACAGGACCAUCAUGCAGAGCGGCUAUGAGAGAGCCGACAUGGGGUUCAGCGCUUGGGUCGGCAUGCUUUAUGUGGACCAUUAUCACACCAACCCUGUGCUCGUCAGCUUUUGUCACAUCCUGAUCACAGACCACAAGGAGAGGAAGUUGCAGAAGACUACCAAACACUGGUGCCUAGGCCAGUCAGCAGGUCCUCACAUCUCAGCUAGGUCCAGGACAAGGUGGCUCCUCCUGCAGACCCUGAUCAACAACCCCAGACUCAUCAUACUCAGAAAAUCAAAAUCAGUGCAUGGUUCCCAGGAAUUCACCCAGAUUCUGUUGACGUGCUCAGAUUGCUGACCCUGGCCACCAACAACAAUUCUGAGACCAGACCCAGCCACCUGCUCCCAAGAGAAGGCUCAGUCUAACUAGCUGCUAUUCCCUGCAGUGGAAUGAGAAGGCACAGGCCCUGUCCACACAGGUGGCAGAUAGUGUGGGCCACUGGUGGGAUGGUCACCUGAUUCGGGUGGUUGAAGUCUCAGGACUGUUUAACUUCCUUCACAGAAAAAAGAGAGAGAUUAAAAAAACUAAAGAAAAGUCUGUUGAA